UAUACCCAAUAAAAUAAGAGCAGCUUUAUUCUCCUUGCUGGAUCUAAUAGAGUUAAACUGGAGCUGCUGAGCACCAGAACCGGAUCAUUGAGCUGAGUUCUGCUUCUGGUUCUACAGUAUAAUAAUGGCUUUAGUGGAAGGUCUCCUCCUGCAGGCCACCAGUACGGGUCUGUUACUGGGAGCUCUGGUUCUGCUGCUGGUUUAUUAUCUGUCCUCCAGCUUCAGCUUUAAGGAAGAGGAUAAUGAGCCUCCAGGACCCAAACCGCUGCCCCUCCUGGGGAACCUGCUCCAACUGGACCUGAAACAACCCCACGAGUCCCUCUGUGAGCUCGCCAAGACGUACGGAUCUGUGUUUAAAGUGUAUUUCGGCCCCAAGAAGGUGGUGGUUUUAGCGGGAUAUAAAACAGUAAAGCAGGCGCUGGUUAAUCACGCUGAAGAGUUCGGAGAACGAGAGGUUUCACCAAUGUUCAAGAAGUAUAAUGAAGAACACGGUAUCUUGUUUUCUAAUGGAGAAAACUGGAGGGAAAUGAGGCGCUUUGCUCUCUCCAACCUCCGAGACUUCGGAAUGGGGAAGAGAGGGAGUGAGGAGAAGAUUAUUGAAGAAAUUCAAUACCUUAAAGAAGUGUUCGAAAGCUUUGGAGGUAAAGCGUUUGAUACGACUCAGCCGGUGAACAACGCCGUCUCCAACAUCAUCUCCUCCAUCGUUUACGGAAGCAGAUUUGAGUACAGUGAUCCUCAGUUCAAAGAAAUGGUUAACCGAGCCAAUGAGAACGUCAGGAUUGGUGGAUCUGCUUCCGUCCUGGUGUAUAACAUGUUCCCGUGGACGGGUCGGUUCCUGAGGAGUGUACAGAAGCUGUUUGUGAAUAAUGAGAAGAACCGGGUGCAGAUUCGGGAGCUGGUGAAAGGUCUGCAGGAGACGCUGAAUACGGAAGAGAGAAGAGGAUUCGUCGACUCCUUUCUCCUCCGCAAGCAGAUCGAUGAGUCCAAUGAGAAAGCCUCUUACUUCAAUGAGAAAAAUCUGAUAGUCACAGUGGGAAAUCUCUUUGUCGCUGGAACCGACACCAGUGGAACCACCCUGCGCUGGGGUCUGCUGCUCAUGGCAAAGAACCCUCAUAUACAGGAUCGAGUUCAUGAGGAGAUCGAUCGGGUGAUCGGAGGACGGCAGGUCGUGGUGGAGGACAGGAAGAACCUGCCGUACACAGACGCCGUGAUCCACGAAAUCCAGAGAUGUGCCAACAUAGUACCCAUGAGUCUCCCUCAUGUCACCAGCUGUGAUGUUCACUUUAACGGAUUCUUCAUCAAGAAGGGUACAACAGUGUAUCCUCUCUUGACGUCUGUACUGAGGGAUGAGAGCGAGUGGGAGAGCCCCCGAACCUUCAACCCAGAUCACUUUCUGGAUAAACAGGGACAAUUUCUUAAAAAAGACGCUUUCAUGCCAUUUUCUGCAGGGCGCAGGGUGUGUUUGGGGGAGAGUCUGGCGAGGAUGGAGCUCUUCCUCUUCUUCACCUCCCUCCUCCAACACUUCCGCUUCACUCCUCCACCAGGCCUGACAGAGGAUCAGCUGGACCUCACUCCAGUGAUCGGCAUCACUCUGAACCCUUCACCUCACAAACUGUGUGCAGUAAAACGAUCCUGAUCCUGGAAAUUAACAAUAAAUUAGAAAUAAAACUGAAAUCUAAACUCACAGAACAAACCAGACAAACUAAUAAAUGCAUCUUUUUAGUUUA